UUCUCUCCUCCUUCCUCCGAGACGGUGUUUCCGGCCCAAGCUGCCCAGUGCCCACCGCCGCACACGCCUGCGACACUUGUGCCCUUGAGACGGAGCGAUUCGCAGGCGUCUUUUUCGGCUUGCCGGUAGAAUACGUCUAGAGCCUGAAAACAUGGACGCGAGCAGCUACCAGGAACUGCGAGACAUCGCCAACAGACUCCGCAUCCUGAGCAUUCGUGCCACCAAUGCCUCGAACAGCGGGCACCCCACAUCAUGCUGUUCCAUGGCAGAGAUCAUGUCGGUCCUGUUCUUCAAGACGAUGCGCUACAGAUUGGAUGCACCUCGUGAUCCCUCCAGUGACCGCCUCAUUCUCUCCAAGGGCCACGCAGCACCCAUCCUGUAUGCUGCCUGGUCGGAAGCUGGGCUGUUUCCCGAAACGGAGCUGCUGAAGCUUCGCAAGAUCGACAAUGACCUUGAAGGCCACCCAACACCUCGGCUUCCCUUUGUGGACGUUGCCACAGGCUCCCUGGGCCAAGGGCUGAGCUGUGCCGCUGGCAUGGCCUACACUGGCAAAUACUUCGACAAAGCCAGCUAUCGAACCUACUGCAUAAUUGGCGAUGGCGAGUCGGCAGAGGGUUCCAUCUGGGAGGCCCUGUCCUUUGCGGGCCACUACAAGUUGGACAAUUUGGUGGCCAUCUUUGACAUCAAUCGUCUGGGCCAGAGUGAGCCAACAGCGUUCCAGCAUCAGAUGGAGGUCUACAAGAGCAGGCUUGACUCCUUUGGCUUCAACACGUACGUCAUUGAUGGCCACAAUGUCGAGGCCCUGUGUAAGGCCUUCUCGGAUGCCGCCGAUGUCCGCAACAAGCCGACUGCAGUGCUUUGCAAGACAUACAAGGGCAAGGGACUUGCAGGAAUCGAGGACUCUGACAACUGGCAUGGCAAGCCGUUGGGCGACAAGGCGCCCGCUGCGAUUGAGGCACUGGAGAAGCAGAUGGUGAGCAAGGGGCCAUGGAAGCUGUCUCCUCAGAGGCCCGAAAAGGAGGAUGCGCCCCCCGUCGACAUCUCCAACAUUCGGCUGUCCGAGCCUCCCAACUACAAGAUUGGGGAAAAGGUUGCAACCCGCCUUGCUUACGGUGUUGCGCUGGCAAAGCUGGGUGCCAACAACAGCCGCGUCAUUGCGAUGGACGGCGACACCAAGAACUCAACAUUUUCAGACAAGUUCAAGAAGGCUCACCCGGAUCGUUUCAUCGAGUGUUUCAUUGCUGAACAGAACUUGGUCGGUGUGGCAAUUGGAUGUGGAUGCCGUGGGAGGACCGUUCCUUUUGCGAGCACCUUUGCCGCCUUCUUCACGCGAGCAUUUGACCAGCUGCGAAUGGGUGCGAUCUCGCAGGCCAACAUAAAGUGUGCUGGUUCCCACGCUGGCAUCUCUAUCGGCGAGGAUGGGCCAUCCCAGAUGGCACUGGAAGACUUGGCCAUGUUCAGAUCCAUUCCCAACAGUGUUGUCUUCUAUCCGAGUGAUGCUGUCUCUUGCGAGCGUGCCUGCGAAUUGGCGGCCAACUACAAGGGCAUUGUGUUCAUCAGGACAUCGCGGCCAAACACUGCUGUGAUCUACCCCAAUGACGAAAAGUUUGAGAUCGGCCGAAGCAAGGUGGUAUUGAGAAGCCUCGAAGACAAGGCCCUGUUGAUCGGUGCUGGUGUUACCCUGUACGAGGCACUGAACGCAGCGGAGACCCUGAAGAAGCAACACAUUCAUGUCAGGGUGUUGGACGUGUUCUGCUUGAAGCCCGUCGACCAGCAAGCCAUCAUUUCCAAUGCCAGAGAGUGCGGCGGCCGCAUUGUCGUCGUUGAGGACCACUAUCCCGAAGGUGGCAUCGGAGAUGCAGUUCGCACAGCUGUGGCGAUGGAGAGGGAUAUUGUGGUGAAGCACCUCGCAGUGCGCAACGUGCCGCGAAGCGGCCCCUCCGCUGCACUGCUCAACCUGUUCGAAAUCGACGCCGAGCACAUCGUCAAGGCUGUCCACGAAGUCCUCAAAGUCUGAUUCAUAUCCAAACUUCACCAACCAUCGUCGUUUCGGCAGAGUUGAUUGGGUCCUGCUUGCAUUAAAAUAAUCGUC